AGCUUGUCCCCAUUUCAUUCCCAUCUCUCUCUCUCUCUCUGAAAAUUAUCAAUUUAAGGAUCUCUCUCUCUCUCUCUCUCUCUGAAAAUUAUCAGUUUAAGGAGCUUCUGAUUCUGUAAAAGGUAGCUCUCUGGUGGUACUAUUGCCAUGGAUGAAGAGUACGACGUUAUAGUGCUUGGGACUGGUCUCAAGGAAUGCAUUCUCAGUGGUCUCCUCUCCGUUGAUGGACUCAAGGUUCUGCACAUGGACAGAAAUGAUUACUAUGGAGGAGAAUCCACCUCUCUCAAUCUCAACCAGCUCUGGAAGCGUUUCAGGGGCAGCGACAGCCCUCCAGAAAAAUUGGGCUCAAGCAGAGACUACAAUGUUGAUAUGAUCCCCAAGUUCAUGAUGGCUAAUGGAGCCCUGGUUCGUGUUCUGAUCCACACCGAUGUCACUAAGUAUCUCAAUUUCAAGGCUGUAGACGGUAGUUAUGUGUACAAUAAAGGGAAGAUUUACAAAGUACCUGCAACGGAUGUGGAAGCACUUAAAUCCACACUGAUGGGAUUGUUUGAGAAGCGUCGUGCUCGAAAGUUCUUCAUUUAUGUGCAAGACUAUGAAGAGAAUGAUCCAAAAUCCCAUGAAGGACUUGACCUCAACAAAGUUACAGCUAGAGAUGUUAUUUCCAAGUAUGGGCUAGAAGAUGAUACAGUUGACUUUAUUGGGCAUGCAUUGGCACUCCAUAAAGAUGAUAGUUACUUGGACCAGCCUGCUACGGAUUUUGUGAAGAGGGUUAAGCUAUAUCCAGAGUCCUUGGCUCGCUUCGCCGGAGGAUCUCCUUACAUCUAUCCACUGUAUGGACUAGGCGAACUACCUCAGGCAUUUGCUCGUUUGAGUGCUGUCUAUGGCGGCACUUAUAUGCUCAGCAAGCCAGAAUGCAAGGUGGAAUUUGAUUCUGAUGGAAAAGCCUUUGGAGUGACAUCAGAAGGAGAAACUGCAAAAUGCAAAAAAGUAGUUUGUGAUCCUUCAUAUUUGCCUAGCAAGGUAAAGAAGGUUGGGAAAGUAGCUCGUGCUAUAUGCAUUAUGAGUCAUCCCAUCCCUCACACCCAUGAUGCUCACUCAGUCCAGGUUAUUCUGCCCCAGAAACAACUUGGUCGUAAGUCUGAUAUGUACCUGUUCUGCUGCUCCUAUGCUCACAAUGUAGCUCCAAAAGGUAAAUUCAUCGCCUUUGUUACGACAGAAGCAGAGACUGAUAAUCCUGAAGCGGAACUGAAGUCUGGCAUCGAGCUUCUUGGACCAGUGGACGAAAUAUUCUUCGACACAUACGACAGAUAUGAACCCACAAACCAGAGUUCCGCUGACAACUGUUUUAUAUCUACUAGUUAUGAUGCAACAACACACUUCGAGUCCACAGUAAAAGAUGUGAUCUCCAUGUACAGCCAGAUAACUGGAAAGACUCUUGAUCUAACUAUGGAUCUGAGUGCCGCCGGCACUGCUGCUGAAGAAUAAAAUUCCGGGGUCAAAGCAUUUUAGAAGAACACAAAGAAGAGCUGCUCAAGGAACACUCUUUUCCAUGAAAUUCUUUUUGAAUGCAAAUGAUAGCAGUCCUCUCUUCAAACUCUGAUCACCUUAAUAUGAGUACAUGACCCAAAACUUGACUUUCAUUUUAGCAGUCUUUCUUUUACCUUCUGCUGUGAAGUUUUUCAUUUCGCCACAUUAUUCUUUCUAUUAUUUUAAAUAAGCAUUCAGAUACGGGAAUAAAACAUGAAAUUUCCUACUUC